UCUUGGAUGAAGUAGGUCUAAGACCUUUCAUUUUUUUAAUAUAUAAAAGAAAAACAAAACAAAUAAAAGGCAAAAGAAAGUUGAAGGGAGAAAACAAACAAAAAAAAGUUUUGAUUUUGAAGGUGAAAAUUGAAAUGGGUGGAAAUGGAAGAGAGGAAAAAUUUGUUUACCGGAUCAGCAGAGCAGAAGAAUGGGAAGAGUUGCAGAGAAACAGCUCUACUUUUGGCGGAGACCUUGAUAAGUCUUCUUGCUUCAUUCACCUAAGCGAUCUUCAUCAGGUACAGUCCACUCUGCAAAACUUCUUCCUCAACACCAACCAUGACCUGUACCUCCUCCAAAUCGAUGCCAACAAGCUUGGGGAUGGAUUGGUGUAUGAAAAAGUGGAUGAAUCGAAUAGUUUCCCUCAUUUGUAUGGACCAUCUGGGAGCUUCAUGCCUCUUCCUUUAGAUGCUGUUACAAAAGCUGAGAAGCUUUCCUUUGUGGAUGGCCGAUUCAGCUGUACUUUGCUCGACUGAUUCACUUCAUCAUUUUCAUUAUCUUCUAUUUCAUCUUUGUAAUAAUAGGUGAUGAUAUGGUCACUUUCUUGCAUUAUUGUUCUUCUAGUUUAGUUUCAUAUUAUGAUACACAACUCGUUCUGUUUCUUUUAUACUUGAAAUAUAUAGCUUAAAUAAGAAUUUGAUGUAGUGUGUGAAAACUUUUUUUUAUUUUGGCUUUUGAAAAUGUGUAUGGUAAACAAACCUGUCAAAUGCUAGACCACUUGCCCA